ACAUGACAGUAUAAAAAAGUCAGUGUGUCAGCGAGCAGCCGGAGGGUUAGGAGCUGCCAGUAAAGCACCAGCAGCAGGGCAGUAGCAGAGGGAGUCCUGCCCUGCCACUGGAACGCAGAGACACAGACUGGGGCACAGAGGAAGGAAAGAGAGACCUGAGGAGAAGGCAGCCAAGUCAGCAGACAGAAUGCUCCCUGGGUUACGCAAGACCCGACUUACGCAAAUUCGACCUUACGCAAAAAGUUCCAUAAGGUAUAAAUAAAAUUUUUGAGUUGCGGAAAAUAUUGCAUAGUGUAUAGAAACACAAAGUCCUGUAGUGCGGUGUGCGGAGGAAUACAGCGGUAGCAUCUCCUACGAGGAAAGGCUUUGCGCUCUCACAGUCUCUCAGUCUCGUGUCAUUUCAGUGAUACUGUAUUUCUGUUAUUUCACCCUAUUAUUUCACUCAAAUCAUGUCUGGAAAGCGACCAAGUGAUAGCAAGAGCGCAGGACCAGUUCGUAAGCGAAACAAGAUUGAUUUAGAGCAGAAAAUGAAAAUAGUGAAAAAGUAUGAAGGCGGACAAAGCCUGUCGUCAAUUGCUCGUGAACUCGAUUUGGCUACCUCAACAGUGAAAAGUAUUUUGAAUGAUAGUGCACGCAUAAAAGAGCAUGUGAAAGGCUCUGCUCCUUUAAAAUCAACAGUCAUAAUGAAGCAGCGUACUGGUGCUAUCUAUGAAAUGGAAAAGUUAUUAACAAUGUGGAUGGAAGAUCAGAUUCAAAAACGUGUGCCGCUUAGCCUAAUGAUUAUUCAAGCAAAGGCUAAAAGUAUUUUUGAUGAUGUAAAGGGAAAAUACAGUGACCCUAACGUAAAGUUUGUGGCUAGUCAUGGGUGGUUUAAUAGAUUUAAACAACGUGCAAAUUUUCACAAUGUAAAAGUGAAUGAUGAGGCUGCUAGUGCUGAUACAAAAGCAGCUGAAAAGUAUCCCGAAGUGUUACGAAAACUUAUAGAAGAAUGUGGUUAUACAGCACAGCAAAUCUUUAACGUUGAUGAAACUGGAUUGUUUUGGAAAAAAAUGCCAGACAGAACAUACAUUUCAAAAGAGGAAAAGACGAUGCCAGGGUUUAAGGCUGCGAAAGAUAGGCUAACACUUUUGCUUGGGGGUAAUGCAGCUGGAGAUUGCAAAUUGAAACCGUUGCUUGUUUAUCAUUCAGAAAAUCCCCAUGCGUUUAAAGGCAUUAGCAAAGCUACCCUUCCAGUUCAUUUCCGUUCAAAUCGAAAGGCUUGGAUCACAAUGGCACUUUUCGAAGACUGGUUUAUAAAUUUGUUUAUCCCUGAAGUGGAAAAAUUCUGCAGAGAAAACGACAUCCCAUUCAAGAUUAUGCUUAUCGUCGAUAAUGCUCCUGGACAUCCUGCACAUUUAGACGACUUUCAUCCUAAUGUAAAAGUCGUGUUUCUACCUCCUAACACGACUUCAAUCCUACAGCCCAUGGAUCAGGGGGUCAUUGCUAAUUUUAAAGCCUAUUAUCUACGAAGAACAUUUGCACAGGCAGUAGAAGCAACUGACAGAGAGUUUGGCAAGACUUUACGCGAUUUUUGGAAAUCAUAUAACAUUUACCAAGCCAUCAUAAACAUUGCUAAAGCCUGGGCAGAGGUUACCCAGGUUUGUUUGAAUGCCGUAUGGAAGAAAGCAUGCCCACAGUUUGUACACAGCUUUAAAGGUUUUGAAAAAGACGAAACAUAUGAGGAGGUGGCAGAUGAAAUUGUGAAGCUUGCCAAGCAGCUUGAGCUGGAGGUUGAUGUUGGUGAUGUUGAUGAGCUUAUUGAAUCCCAUGGAGCUGAAUUAUCAAAUGAGGAUCUUAUAGAAUUAGAAGCAGCAAAAGUAAAAGAGCAGACUGAAGCGGAGGAUGAAGUUGAAGAAGUAGAAGAGCCACGACACUUCAACACUAAGGAGAUGGCACUUGCAUUCCGUGAGAUUGACUCUGCAAUGGCAAGGUUUGAGAAGAUGGACCCCAAUUCCUCACGAUUCUUGAGAGUGAACAGAGGCAUUGAUGAAACGCUGGCCUGUUAUAGACAGAUAUAUGAAGAGAAGAAAAAGGCCACUAUCAAGUCAUCUCUUGAUAAGUUUGUAAGGAAGGUUGAAAGGCCUGCAACGUCCACAUCUCUACAGCCUUCCACCUCCAAAGCCCCCUCCGACGACCCCGAUGAUGUAAUGUCUGUCUCCUCCUCUCCUUCCUCAUCUACAAAUUAAGCCCAUUGUCAUCCACCACCAAAAUGCAGCCUUCAGCGUGCCAGGAUAACAAUAGGAUUAAGGUAAAUGCAAUAUUUUUGUUGUAAUUGUUUGGUUUUUAUGCUUGCACAAUAUAAGUUUCAGACUUAUGUAAAAUUCGGGUUACGCAAGGCUUUCCGGAAUGGAAUGAUUGCACAAGUCGGGGACCGUCUGUAUUGGCAUAACAUUAGCUUUCUUGCAAUCUUCUGGAAAUUCCCCCAUGUUCCAAGGCUUAUUGAAAUUAACGGUCCAGUGAACUCUACAGGAAGCUCUUUUAAAAUUCUAGGAUACAAGUUAUCCGGACAUGCUGAUUUAAAAAUGUUUAACUUUAGUAGACAGCGUUUAACAUCCUCCUGAGAAAGUAAACACGUCUUCAUCAAAUCUAGAAGAAUAAUCAAAACCCAACAACCCUAAACCUUGGUCUAGAUUCAUGGUGCUCUCAGACCUGUUGCUAGCCUCUGCAGAAUGAGACUACCCCUAACGUUUCUUUAACAUUUUACUCAAUUUCUCUCAGAAUGUUAAUUCUGAAUUUCUGGAUCUGGGGCAUGAAAGCUAACUGUAUUUGUGCACAUUUACCCACCCAUGCCCUUACACAAAUGUCAAGAAUUUUUAAUUCCCAAGUUUUCCAUCACUCUAACAUGGACUCUUCAUCUUAAUAAAUAAAAUAAAUAAAUAAAUAAAUGGUCACAUGAAAUCGCUAGAUGUUAAUUUAGAAAUGAAUCCAAUUCCCUAUGAAGUUAAUGAAACAUAUUAUUACACCAACUUUAAUGGGAGCUGGAUCAAGCCUCUCAAGAGUUUCUUAUUUUUAUUAUUAUGAUUGCUAUUAUGAGAAAGGAGCUUGCGUGCAGUGAUAAGAUACAGGGAUAAUUCCCAAAUUCAGAGCUCUGCAACCUGAGCAGCAGGUUCAUCUAUCAAAGUAUGGAUGUUUAUUAGUGUGGGAUUCACAACAAGGACUAGAGAGAGCUCAAACAAAUAUGACUAAAGUUUAAUCUUCUCUAAGGAGAGGCUUCCAAAUGUUUAUGAAGCCCUUGACAAUGUCCCUUUAAUGCACAGUAUAAUAUUGUGUCCUGCUAUCACUUCAGUGUAUUUGUAAUACAAAUUAUACUUAAGCUAUAUUGCCUAGAACUUAGAUAAAUAAAACCAAAAUAGUAUUGAACUGUUUCCGCCCCAUACAACAAGGUAUCCUUGGCAGCUUCUUAACCAUCCAUUACAAUCCAAAGCAAUUUCUCUCUGUAGCAAUUUAAGAGCUUGUAAAAAUAUAAUGGCCGAUUAUAGGCGAAACAAACCACAGAGUUAUUGAACCUUGCAGGCCCUCUGAAGUAUCUCUGUUGACGUUUAAGUGUGAGUUAUUGUGUCACAAUAUCAUAAAAGUGUGCUCAGUGCUACAGAUAUAUUUUUAUUUAAAUGACACCAAAAGAAGCCAGUUUCAUACAAGAGAAGGCUAUUUUUACAGAAAUCGGAAGUUCCCAUUUCAGAUUUACAAGGCUAUAAGAGAUAGUUCAUUUAAAGCAGUAGCUCUCAAUCUUUCCAGACUACUGUACCCCUUUCAAGAGUCUGAUUUGUCUUGUGUAUCCUCAAGUUUCACCUCACUUAAAAACUUACAAAAUCAGACAAAAAUACAACAGGUGUCACA